AUUGAAGCUCAAGAGCUGUAUCCCAACCCUCCGUCAACCUACCUUCCGACGACUUUUGGAUCCACCGGUUGUCGCAAACAAACGGCGCAUGGCGGAAAGAUGAGCUCCCGAGAUUUUGAGAUACUCUACAAAGAGACACGCCUCAAUCUAGAGCCUUCGUCGCAAUCUUCCAUCGUCCAGGUUCGCGUCGCGUCCCACGGACGGUCAAGCUUGUCGCGCAGUAUCCCAGCCGCCGACGACGAGAAAGCCUAUCGGGCCCGAAAUCUAGCAACUGCAUCAUCCAUCUAUUACCGAAAACAUAACAGCUCGCCUAGGGGAUUUUUAUGGCGCGUCUUGGAGAAUGGCACUGUCCUCAGUCUUCGAGUCGCCGAUGUUUGCAAGCAGGAAAAGGAUGCCGAUGCGCCGCUCAUCCUCAACCUGCGUUUCCCUGCCCCAAUACGAACUUCCUGCAUAGGCUUUGCUGAUCCCGAGAGCCAUGAUGCGCUCUGCAUCUAUGCAGUCGACUACUCUAAUAAUCUGCACUCAAUCACGCUGCGCCCUGAUCACUUCCGGAAGAAGGCUGCGACAGAUGGCGGAUUCGGCGACUGCUGCAAAUCCCACUCGCCUCCCGGCUUCGGAUUCAAGCAUCCACACCGGCUGAUUGUCGUCAAUCCCGAUCAACUGAUUGUGACCAUGCACGACGGCGGCAUUCUCAGGUUUGAUAGGAACAAUUCCUAUGAAUCGAACGGAGCGCCGUGGAAAGAAACCAUUUACAAUGUUGCCGGAUGGGGCCAGAGCUUGCGUGGAUUGGUUCCGUUCCAACGGAAUCCUACUAUCAGAUUCGACAAGGUCAACAUGGAGUUGACAGCGGCAGCGUCCACAGCAGUCUCGACCAUGGGGCGCUCCGACACGGCCUUUUUGUUCACCAUCUGCCUCGACCAUCGGAUGAGGGUAUGGGACGUUCAGACAGGCCAGAUCCUCUAUACCGGCGAUAUCCUGAACACGAACCGUGAUCCACAGGAGGUCGGCAAAUGGACCGUCGAUCCAUCUCAGGGGAACCUGAUUCGAAUCCUAGAAAACACUCGCGACCAAUGCCUCGUCGUAACCUAUUCUCCGGUCGGCGCUGGCGAGUUCAAGUUCUGGAAGGUCAAGGCGAACGACCAAGGCUCCAUUCAUGUUGCCGAUUGCUUCCCAGAAGCUCACCUAAUACCCCCGAGUCCAUCUUCACUGGAUGUGUGGACUCUGGCUGAUUUCGCCGUCACCCAGCAGCCAGACGGACCUGAGUUGUGGGUGCUGUGGAAGAACAAUACUAGCUACCGCGUUCACAGGUUGCAGUUGCACCCCCGGAAUGGUGCAGCGCCUUUCGGCGACGGCUGGAAGACGGUAUUCAUUGAUAGCUCUGUCCCAACCGUCCGGGCGUCCGGCCCCUGGAAUCCAACCGACUCAGCAGAAAAGUGGCUUGACCUCAUUUUCUUCCCGGGACGCUUCUCAAAAUCGACGCUCGAAACAGCUCUCGCCAUGUACGAAAAAGGGCUGGGUACCUACAAAGAGACAGCCUCGAAAGCCGGCAAGAGCAUAGCGGAAUCCAUCUGCUCCGUGCUCGGGUGUACUACCACACUGGAUCGGAGCUCAGGAGGCGGCGUAGAUUACGACCAGUUCAGAGCCACAAGCGAGACGCAAUGGAUGCGUUUUUGGCGCCUCUUACUUGAGCUCGACAAACAGAGGGGCGAGGCACUUUCUCUGGUGUUCGACCCCGAGGAGGGCAUGAUUUGGGUCGCGUGCGCUGACUUGAUUUCCGCUGUCAGGCAGUGCAGCGACCUGGACCGUGUUUACCACAAUAUCCGGGUUCCCGAGGAGAAUAACGAGGACGUGGCCGCUCUGAUAUCUGCUGGUUUGGUCUUUGUGGAAAGCUUUUCAGACAGCAUGAUCCAGCUAAGCAAAGCUGCCUUGAGGGCCGAGUUGUAUGAAGACUCGGCCCGGUCCGAGAGCGAGCGAAUGCAGUUGUUUUUGGACCGUGCAGGAUUUUGGACUGCAGUUACAGACGAGGAUUGCGCCCAAGUGACAGACACUCUCGGCCAGAACUACCGAACGGUGACCGCAAGACUCUACGAGGACUUGUUCGACCUCAUUACUGCUACUAGCGAGGCAAAUUCGCAGGAGCUUCGGGAGCCUUUCACUGGAUUCGGGAGGAAGGUGGUCGUUCGCGCCGUACAAGAAACCAUCGACCUUCACUGGCAGAUUCUCUUUAGCCAACUGAUUCUGCUUGUUCAUAUGGAGUUUGACAUUGAAAGCGAGGACGCUUCCCCGCUCCACUCACGGUUCGAUGUUGGCUCGGUCUAUCGACGGUUAAUCGACGCUCUUCGGAGGUUGGAGCAUCUGAGGUGGAUGGCGAAAACCGAGCUGAGCAUUUCAUCACGGACGACCAGUUCUGGCACACUCUCCCCGACCCUAAGCAAGCGCGGCCAAGACGAGAACCAUACCAAAACUGCCCUAGAAGGGCUCACCGGACACCUUUUUGGGCUUCCAGAAAGCAAUAAUAUGCCUCUGCUUUCAAGCAUCACAGAUCUGGUGCUCGACCUCUGUGCUCCCAGUAGCACGACUGUGUUGUACACAUGGCUCCUUCAGUGCUGGCUACUAAAACAGGAUAGGCCCGAUCUUGCCCUGGAACUUCACCCUUUCGCCGAUCAAGAUCCAUUCUCCACGUAUAUUCAGGGCCGCGUGUUUAUGGCCCUCAGGGACUACGACACUGCCGCCUUCUACUUCAGGAAGGCAGCUAUCGGGUUGAGCAUAUCGAUUAAGCACCUAGACCGGCAUAGCGCAGGUCUUCUCGACGAUACCGAAUGGAACCUCCUUAACAGCGGGCUUCCAAAUUACUACGCCCAUAUUGUCAGCCUAUACGACCGGCAAAAGGUCUAUUCAUAUGUCAUAGAGUUUUCCCGGCUUGCCCUUCAGUUCGUCCAAGCGGACGCACAGGAGGCGGCUGGGACCAAAACUGAGAUGCUGAGCCGUCUGUUUACCGCUUCCACAGCGAUAUCCCAUUUCGAGGAAGCUCACUCGGCCCUUCUUGCCAUGGAAAACGAAGCUCUCCAGAAGUCCUAUUUGCGGAAGCUGGUCGAGAAGAUGUGCGAGACAGGUCAGAGCAGCGCGCUCAUCAGCCUGCCGUUCUCCGGCCUCCAGGAUAAGGUCGACGACAUACUCGGCGAGAAGUGCCGGAAUACCAAGGACGUGCUGAACGGUGUUCCGUAUCAUCAGAUUCUCUACGCCUGGAGGAUCAACCACAACGACUACCGCGGCGGGGCGGCGGUCCUCCUCGACCGGCUCCAGAAGCUCCGCCGCAUGGGCGAGGGCGACAAGGUCAACGGCGCCGAAGACGCGCUGGACACCCAGGUGACGCGCCAAUACCUGCUGCUCAUCAACGCGCUAAGCUGCGUCCCGCCGCAGGAGGCGUAUAUCCUAGAAGAAGUGCCGCAUUGGGAAGAAGAGGUCCGGAAAAGGAAAGUGGAUGAUGACCUGGAGGGCGGCCUGGACGAGCUGUUGAAGAAACUUGAGGUCGACACGGCGCCGGACGGACAAGCGGCCUUCUCGGAGGAGGAGCAGGCACUCCUGGAGAAGGUGAAGAAAUUUUCUACAAAAAGUGUUCAGGAGCUCCCGCCCAGGCGGCUCCUGAUGCUUGCAGACCUCCGCAAGCAGUACCAGCUGGAGUUGGACAGGAUUGUGGCGAUCCAAAACAACCAAUUUGGGUUCACAGAUGGGGACGACUUGAUGGAUAUGGCUUGAGGGCAACGGGACAGAUCGGACAUUACAUUACGGCGAACGGGAGCAAGGGCAGCAUUUCGAUGAUUGUAAUUGUACAUGCUCAGCCAAGCAGGGAAGAAAACAAGGGUUUAUGAUCUCCCAGCUCCUCGAGCCAGUUGAUGACGGGCUUUUGUUAGGUUUGUUGCUUAGUCGGUUGGGAUGGCAUCACCAAUGCAAACGACAGCCUAGACGACGAAUCAAGUAAACAGCCAAAGAAAACUCUCUCUUAGGAGGCCUGAACCAACGCCUUGCCUAU